AUGGCCCAAUCCACUCUCACUGUCAGCCUUCCCCAACUGGCGAAAAUGAUCGACCACUCCCUCCUCCACCCAACAAUGACAGACGAGGAUAUCAUCGCUGGCCUCCAAAUCGCCAAGAAAUACAACGUCGCCACAGCCUGUGUGAAACCCUACACAAUUCCCCUGGCCAAACAAGAACUCCAAGGCACAGACGUCAAGAUCUGCGCGGUCAUCGGCUUCCCGCACGGAAACAGCACCACGGAGAUUAAAGUGCAAGAAGCCACGGCUGCAGCCCAGGCCGGUAGCCAUGAGAUCGACAUGGUUAUCAACAUCGGCAAAGUGCUAGGUGGUGACUGGCAAUAUGUUUCCCAGGAAAUCGAGCAGAUCAAUACUGUAGUUGUACAGCAUGGCGCUACCCUCAAAGUUAUCUUCGAAAACGACUAUUUACACCCGGAGCAUAUUGUGCAACUUUGUAAGAUCUGCACCCAGUUGAGUGUUGCUUUUGUCAAGACUUCGACUGGGUAUGGCUUCGUCAAGCAGGCCGAUGGCUCUUACAACUACAAGGGUGCGACUGUGAAGCACCUGAAGCUGAUGCGUCAGCAUUCUGGGCCUGAUGUACAGAUCAAGGCUGCGGGAGGCGUGAGGACUCUGGAUGAUCUGCUUCAUGUUAUGAGUCUUGGUGUGACUCGCAUUGGGGCUACUGCUACUAUUGCGAUCAUCGAAGAUGCAAAGAAACGGGGAAUUGGCAUGGAUCAAGUGCCCGUCAGGUUUCAGCCCAUGAAAGAGGAGGGUGAAACUGGUGGAUAUUGA